AACCCACGGCCCGUUCCGCAGCCCCAGCGACCUCCCCUCGCCUCUCUCCCGCUCCUUCCAGCGCCCUCCGGCCCCCGGCGCCCGGCAGCGUCCAGAAGGCAUCUGAGGAUGGCGCACGGACCGCGGAGUUGACGACGAGGCAGUCGACUGUCCGUUUUGGCCUUUAUUUGGCUCUGUGAGCCUGGAUUCCCCGUGGCGCUCCUCCUCCGCGGCGGACACAGGGAUCAACAUGCCUGAUUUGGGGGAGUAGAUGCCAACUUAAAUCCUUCAUACCAGUUUCAUCCCCCCAGUGGCAUUCUUUAAAAGGUACACAGCCAAGACCUGGAUCCCACAUGCACCCCCGGAGCGCCACAGCCUUCCGCACUGAAUUCCUGCUGGACUUUUGACUCUUGGUUGCUGAGGACUCGAAAUGGCCAUGAUCAGAUGGGGGCUUGGAAGACUGACUUUGCAUCUCUUAAAGAGGAGAAGCUCAUUGUUUUUGAAACUCACAGCCAUUGUCUUGGCUGUGCUUUUCUUUUGUGAGUUUUUGAUCUAUUACGUAGUGAUCUUUCGAUGUAAUUGGCCUGAGGUGAAAACUCGAGCCCGUGACCAGGCACGACAGACUCUUGAUCCUGUGCUGAGGGCCAUGUUCCUGGCCGACACUCACUUGCUUGGGGAGGUAACUGGCCACUGGUUUGACAAAUUACGAAGGGAAUGGCAAAUGGAGAGAGCCUUCCAGACAGCUCUGUGGUUGUUGCAGCCGGAAGUGGUCUUCAUUCUAGGGGACAUCUUUGAUGAAGGGAAGUGGAGCAUGCCCCAGGCCUGGGCAGAUGAUGUGGAGCGGUUUCAGAAAAUGUUCCGACACCCAAGUCAUGUGCAGCUGAAGGUAGUUGCCGGCAACCAUGACAUUGGCUUCCACUACAGGAUGACCAGAUACAAAGUAAAACGAUUUGAGAGAGCUUUCAACUGUGAAAUGCUGUUUUCCUGGAAAGGAGUUAAUUUUGUGAUGGUCAACAGUGUGGCGCUGGAAGGGGACGGCUGUACCAUCUGCUCCAAAGCUGAAGAGGAGCUCAUGGACAUCUCUCGCAAACUGAACUGCUCCCGACAGCAGGGACAAGGAGCCAGCCACUGUGCAGCGGGGCAGCCGCUCCCCGCGUCCGCCCCCAUCCUCCUGCAGCAUUAUCCACUCUAUCGGAGAAGCGAUGCUAACUGCUCUGGGGAUGACGCGGCCCCUCCAGAGGAAAAGAACGUCCCGUUUAAAGAGAGGUACGACGUGCUUUCUCAGGAGGCUUCCCAAAAGCUGCUGUGGUGGCUCCGGCCACGCCUGGUCCUGAGCGGCCACACACACAGCGCCUGCGAGGUGCUCCACCAGGGAGGCGUCCCCGAGAUCAGCGUCCCAUCUUUCAACUGGAGGAACAGAAACAACCCCAGCUUCAUCAUGGGCAGCAUAACAUCCUCCGAUUACGCCCUCUCCAAGUGCUACCUCCCAUAUGAGGACACGGUUCUGUCCAUGUACUGUGGAGCAGCUGGCCUCCUCGUGAUCCUCCUCUUAGCCCACUUUGAGCUUUUAGCCCCACGUUUUCUUUUUGGUCGCCACCUGAGCAGAAUGCACACGGUGAGGUGAAGAGCAGGCGAUCUUUGCGUCGAGCCGUCAACAUCAAAGCCAAAGACACGGAACUUCCAGCAGAGCUCACGCUAGAGUCCAGUGGACGGUGAGAAUCCAGUGUGGGCCUUUAUGCACGUCUUAGAAAUCCUACAUCACUGAUGUGAGUGACUGCAGGAUAAAUGUACUAUUCUCAUGCUAGAAAAAUGGAACAUGUACUCUACCACAAAUCUGUUUCCUCAUUUCUAUCAAAUAAUCAAAGUUGCUUCUGUACAGUAUGUAAAUGCUAUUGAGACCACAGCUUGCAUGCACAACACAGUCCUUGCUUCCCCAGGAAGGCCCCCGGCAGCCCUGCUGCUCACGGGGUUCUGUGUGCUUGUGAGCUGCGGGCUUGCUUCUGUCCCCUGUGCAGUGGUUCUCCAGCGUCUGCCUACCUACACAGGUGCACCGUGCAGGAACAUCCCGUCUUCACAGACUUCCCUGCUGAGCCAGAGGCAGACUUUCAGAGCCCCGUAACUCUCUCCAGGAGGCCGCGUUGUCACAUCUGAAUUCAGUGACUCAGGGAUCACAAGAAAGUUGCAACCUGGAUUUUUUAAACUCAACCAUUUAAGUAGGACGCAUAGAGCAUUAAGUAAUAAUGUGAACCACAAUAUGUAACCUCAUUUUUUAAUGAGGAUACAUCUUCAUUUGCCUUGAAAGUAUAGGGAAAUGAAAAAUCACGUUUAUAUCUCAGUUCAGUGAAGAGCUUUGUGAACAAGAAAACUGAUAAAGAGAACGCGUGUGGUA